AUGUGUAGGUGGUUCACAUAUAACUCUCCCGAGCAAAUAUGGAUCUAAAACCGAGCUUUGUUAAUCCCAUAAACAGAAGAUGGCCGUGUUUUAUUCGUUGCACCUUGGUAAAAGUAUUAAGUUAUAGGAACAACAGAAUAAUCAUUGGAUGAACCAAUAAUUGACCCAAAAGUAUAAGAAAAAGAAAUCUCCUUUAUGGCCAAAGAACUUUCUCAAAUUUAUACAGGAAUAUCAUAAGAAUAAAUUCAAAAAGAUAUCUCUAGUAAAUGGGCAGGAAUAAGGCCAUUAAUUUUAGAAAAUAAAACUCCAGGAUAACAUUAAGAUACUAAAGAAAUAGUUAGAAAACAUGUAAUUGAAGUAUCAGAUAAUGGUUUAAUAUCACUAAUGGGUGGAAAAUGGACUAUAUAUAGAAAAAUGGGAGAAGAAACAGUUAAUAAAAUAGAAGAAAUCAUAAAAAAACCAGAUUAAAAAAUUAAUAAUAAAAGCACAUGUAAUUUAAGAUUAUUAGGUGAAGCAAAUAAAGAUUAAAAAUAUAAAUUUCCUAAUAGGCAAGAAUAUAUAAAUACUUAUGCAGAAUUAUUAGCUAAGAAACAUGAUAUUUAAAUUAAUGUAGCUAAAUAUGAAAUGGCUUAAUAUCCGUCUGAUAUUCUUCUUAGAAGAAUGAGAUUAGGUUUCAUAGAUUCUAAAGCAAUGGAAAAAUCGAUUGAGACUGUAUGUGAAAUUUUCGCAAGUGAGUUAAAAUGGGAUAAAGAUAAAUUAGAAAAAUCUAAAAAAUAAUAUAAAUAAGAUAUAUAAAUGUUAGAAUUUUGA